CAGAGGAGCACAUCUUGGACAAGACGUGUUUGCCUUGCCACGCUAGUGACUUGCUGAACUGCUGAGAGCCACACAUCCAGUCGGGGAGGGAAGGGGUGUGUGCCUCUCUCAGGGAGGGGAUGCGUGGGUGCCUCCCUCGGCACUGGCAGCGACUCUGCCCCCUUCCCACUUCCUCUCCCCCUGGCGCUCCGGCCCGGCUGCGCGGCCCGACGGGGGAUUAGCUGCGCCGCGGAGUGCGUGCGGGGCUCGGAACAUGGAGGGCUACUGGCUCUUUCUCGUGCUGCUGGUCUCGGCGCUGCUGCUCGGCUUCCUCGCCGUGCUCUUCGCCCUCGUCUGGGUCUUUCAUUACCGGGAGGGGCUCAGCUGGGACGGGGGCUCGGCGGAGUUCAACUGGCACCCGGUCCUCAUCAUCACCGGCUUCAUCUUCAUCCAGGGGAUUGCCAUUAUUGUGUACAGAUUGCCCUGGACCUGGAAAUGCAGCAAACUCCUGAUUAAAUUCAUCCAUGCUGGGUUAAAUACCAUAGCAAUGAUUCUUGCAAUUGUUUCUCUGGUAGCUGUUUUUGAUUUCCACAAUGCCAAGAACAUUCCCAACAUGUACAGUCUGCACAGCUGGAUUGGACUGACUGCUGUUAUAUUUUAUACUCUGCAGCUUGUCUUAGGUUUUGCUGUCUUUCUGCUGCCCUUUGCUCCAGUUUCUCUUCGAGCAUCUCUCAUGCCAAUACAUAUUUAUUCUGGCCUCCUCAUCUUUGCAACAGUGAUUGCAACAGCUCUCAUGGGAUUCACAGAGAAACUUAUUUUUGCUCUGAAAACUCCUGCAUAUAGCACAUCUCCGCCAGAGGCGAUUUUUGUCAACACUCUCGGUCUUUUGAUUGUAACCUUUGGUGCUCUUAUUUUGUGGAUGGCAACAAGACCCCACUGGAAGCGCCCACCAGAACAGAAUUCUAAAAUUCAGCAACCAAAUGGAGGGACACCUGAAGGUACAGAAGAGGAAUCCACUAUGACAGACUGCAGCAAUACAGAUAAAUCUGAUGUGGAGUUCAAUAGUGAAGCAGCAGCCAGAAAACGAAACCUCAAACUUGAUGAGGUAGGCCAACGGUCUACCAUGUAAAGGGAGUACACAAAAUUGUUGUAGUCUUACAUUAUAAAAAAAGCUAUUCCUAUCCAGCUAUUGAUUACAUUUGGCAUUUAAACAGGGAAUUUCUAUCAGGCUUGCUUAAUGCAGUUCAAUUUUUCUGCACAACUAGUAUGAGCUGAAAAGGUCUCUAAAAUUCAACAAGACCCACAUUUGUCAUGACAUUCCUUAUUGUGCCUCUGUUUAAAAGAACUGAGGACUGGAAUGAAAAAACAUGUUGAGAUUUGUGCCUUUUAAAAAAAAAUGUAUGUUUGGAAUAAGGACGGAGUUUAAAAAAGCAUCUAAUGGGAAAAUAAUUUCUACAUCACAUCUUAAUGUAUCGGUUGUUUCUAUGCAGUUUACUAGUUUCUUUAGCCAGUUAUUUUGACUGGGAUGAAAUGCUGCCCUGAGUUAUGCUGUGAAUGGGCACGAAUGAGAGUUGUAUAUGCACAGCAGAGUGCAGAAUUUAUCCAUUAGCACAUGCCUAUGCUGUUUUAUAAUAUUGUUCCACUUUCUUAGGGGCCUGAUUCUCAAGCUUAUGAGCAUUCUCAAUUCCCACUGAAGUCCAUGAGAAUUGAGGUCACUCAGAAUUUUCAGAAUCAGACUAUAAACAUUUUUGGCCAAAAAUUUUGAAAUUAGGAAAGAAAUUAAACAGAAUUUUUGUUGAAAUUUUCACUAAAAUGUCAUGGUGUUUUUGACCAGCUUUUUCCAUUUUUUUUUAAAUGAGAGUUCAUCCACAUUUUGAAUUGGUUUUAAACCAGCUCUAGUACAUGUAUAGAUUUAUAGCCAGCAUUCACCCAUGGAUACACGUGAUUGCUACUGAAAUCCAUGGGAGCUACAAGUAAACAUCUAAGGGCAGCAUUUGACCUGUCUUGAAAUGUAUGCAGUUUUUGCAUUCACAUCAUUAAUAGAAUUACAAAAACUAUGUAUUGGGUCAUAGAAUCCUUUCCCUUGGCCUCUGGAACCAGUACAGUAUUGUCCUUUAUGUUUGUAUCUUAUAAGCUAAUAUUUUGAAGUCCUUUUUUUUCCCUGUUUUAAUCUGGAAGAGUAAGCUGAGGAAAGCAGUGUCUAAUGGUUUAAGCACGAGUAGAAAUCAGGACAUAUGGUCUAUGUCUACACUUCAGUUAGAAACCAGUGGUUAGUCUGUGCCAGCUGAUUUGGGAUUAUGGGGCUUGGGGUAAGGGGCUGUUUAAUUGCGGUGUAGACAGCUGGCAUGGGCUAGCGGCAGGUUUUUAAUUAGUGUAGACAUACACAUGGAUUCUGUUCCCAUCUCUGCCACUGGCUCACUCCAAUCUUAUAACCUCUGUCUUACUUUCUUCAUUUGUAAAUUGAAGAUUUAUGUAAUGCUUAACUUAGGCAAUUAAUUUAACAUUUGUAAAAGUGCUUUGCACUUCUAUAGCUCCUUUUGACAAUCAGUAUUAAUGCAUUACUUUUAUCUAAAAUCUCUCUCAGAUAUAAUAAAUAGACAUUGCUUUUAUUACUUACAUAAUUCUAGAAGAAUGGAAAACUACUCUAAUAGAAAAAUAAUGAUAGUGGAUGGCUUUAUGUGAUUUCAAGUGUCCAAAGUGAUUAGCCUUUCUCUUGCAAUCUGCUUGUAUGGGUUGCCAAAUUUACUUUUGUAAUACUAGUGUCUAGACCUAAAAUCAUUUUGACAAGUGGCAUAACUACUUCAUGUUUACCACUAUUCAUGUUGCAAAGAGCUCUGGACUAGAGCUUUGGGCACUACACCACUUUCUAUUUCUUCUGAAGACUAUUUUCAUUUUGAUUUAUUUAUCAGCUUCUCACAUAUAUUUAAACACAUUAGGACCCCACCAAUAUUUUAAUCUUUCUAGCUCAAAGUGAUGCAUUGACAUACAUAGUUUUGAUUACUUAUUGUUAUUUUAGGUCUCCUUUGAGAUAAUAAAGUACCUUGGGUCACGAGCUUGGGUUUGUAAUAACAUUGAAUCAGUUGAGUACAAUACAAGAAAAGCUAGUAUAUUAAUUCUUAGGAAAAUUUCUCUACAGUUCUGUUUUGGUAAAAAAAAAAAAAAAGGUUAUAUCCUAGGUUUCUGUAUCACUUACAUAUAUGUCUGACAGAGCUGUGUGCUUGAUCUUAAUAUAAUUGCUUAGAAAAAGAUUUCUACACACAUUGUUUAAAAAAACAUAUUAUUGACCUUUGCCUUUAGGAAAUCAAAAACUUCUACACAUUUUAAUGUAGAAUUCAGGUAUGAGAAUGGAAAAUACUUUCUUCCCAUUGCCUGAUCAGACCUCCAGUCCCACUCUUUGUAAAAGAGAGGACUGCUGCUUCCGCUUUUUAAAGCGUACACUAGGUGUGUCUAUAUUUCCCAAGACAAUCUGGAUUCACUAAGAAUCCCUCUGUAGUCUGAGUCUAAAAUCAAGAAGGCACUCUGCAUUUAUGGUAAUGUUUGUUAAGAUGAGAGGAAAAGUGAGGAAAAUUAGAGCACUUGUCAAAGUUCACUGUGACCAAUUUAUAUGUCCUUGAAGUUACUGCAUCUUAGUAUGGCUGUUCAAGUUACACAUUAGAAAGGAAGGGUCACCGUAAUUUAUACAAUGUGAUAAAUUGCACCGUGUUUUUUCCUGUGAUUUUUUCAUAAUCUGAUCAAUCUACAGUGUUUUUUGAAAGAUUCACUCAGUGAGCACCUGAUACCUGAAUAAGGCCCUUAACAAAACAAAACAAAACAAAAAACAACAAAGAUGCUUUAGUGCUUAUAAAAGGUGCCAUCUUAACAACUCUGGAAACUGGAUUUCUCUGUUUAUCUAUAGAACAGGUACAGCACAGGAAACAGUAGUUUAAAUGUCUACAAACUUGCCAACUAUUGUGUCUCAACCACCUGUGGAGAUAUGAAAUAAAUUUUUAAUAUCCAUUUAAUCCUUCAUGCACUGCUGAGACUGCUAAUAAAUGUGGGUGUUUUGUGUGCAAUAUGGACACCUGUCCAGGAAUUGGCCUGGGAUAAAUUAAUUUCACAUGGGACAUAGUACAGUAACUAUUUAAUCACUUAACUUGGGCUAUGGUGGAACCAGAAACUUAUAGGUGAAAAGUUCUGCAUUCUGCUAACAGUAUAACUUGAGUUAUUCUAGUCACUAUGCCUUUUAUUUUCUAUUUGCUACCUAUACUAAGAUCAACUUGAAAUUAGUUGUAAUGAUACUGUUUAAAAGGGCAGUAUCACUUUUUUCCCUUCCUAUGAAAUACAUUAUACAAUCUUUCAUUCUAAACUGAUAAUAAAAUAACGUUUCUAUCCCAAUUCAAAAAUGCUUCUUUUAAUUCCUUCCUGGAAAAAUAUCUUUAAAAUAAAGCUGCUUUAAGGACUGAAGAAAAAAUGUUCACCUUUUAAAUUAAUUAAUUCCUAAAAGGCAAUGGAAAUUCACAUCCUAAUUUAAAUUAUUACACUGUAUGUGGAGCAGGUUACUUACCUUUCAUCAUAGGGUAUAAUAGGGUAUUUCUCAGAGCAAUUUGUCAAGACAUAUGCAUCACAGAUGUUAAAUCUUACAUCAGAUAAAUAAACUGCGCAUAUUCUUGCUCUGUUUGAAAUGUUGUAAAUAUGUAACUUGUAUUACCUCUACUAAAAUGUGAUGUGCAAAAACAAGUUCAAGUCUUGUAGCAAUCUGAGGGUCAUUUUCAAAGGCACAAAUGGGAGUUAGGACCACAGCUCCCACUAACUUUCAACUGGAUGCCUAACUGUGGGUUUGAAAAUGUCCCUCUAAACUAUUAGGCUUUUAAAGGGAGACUGUCACAGAGCUUAGACACCAACUUUGGAUUUGUGUAAAAAUAUAUAUAAAUAGGGAGUGGGGAAGGCUACAAAACCUAAAAUAAACAAGUAAAAAUUGAAUGAAAACAGAAUAACUUUUAAUGUAUUUAAAUGCUUUCCUACAGUACUGGGCAUUGAGACAUGACAGCAUUUUGUUCCUCAUGAAUGCAACCGAACAAAAGGAAACUGAGAACUAAAUUCACUCUCCUGAGUGAAUGCCAGCAAUAGACAGCAUAAAUUAUUGAAAAUUAGAUUUAAAAAUAAUUUCUAUUUUGAAUAUUUAAAGUGGUGGUAAUGAUUUUUAAGCUAAAAUGGAAUUGAAUAAAACAAAAUAGCUGAAUGUACAAUAAUUACAUGUACAUUUCUCUGCCACAGGUAAUGAAGACGAUUGCAUAUGAUAUGUAAAUAAGGAUUAACAAUGUACAUGAAAAUUAUAACCUGGGAUUUUAGUGAGAUGGUAAAAGAAUAUUACCAAAAUAUUUUCUAUUUCAUAAGAUUUCUUUACUCUAUUUCAGCCUAUUUAUAAGGAAAUGAAGCAACUGAAUGUUUUAUCAUUUGCAGUGCUUAUUUGUAGAGGAAAAGAAAAAUGUUUUAUUACAAUGUAUAUUUCCUUACUCUUUUUUGUAUGUCAAUAAAAAGUAUUUUUGAAGCUUGCAAUA